GACAGUGCGGCGUGUCUGACUCCAACACUGCCACAGUCGCAGGAGAAGAAGCAGGGAAAACAUCGACUAACUUCUGAGUUUUAACUGGAAAAGGAUGGAGGACGUUCAGCAGACGAAGCCUGCUCUUCUGAACGGCAGCACGACCAGAAAGAGAGAGGACUACCUGGAGUGGCCCGAGUACUUCAUGGCUGUGGCUUUCCUGUCAGCACAGAGGAGUAAAGACCCCAGUUCUCAGGUGGGCGCCUGUAUCGUGAACCAGGAGAAUAAGAUCGUGGGGAUCGGUUAUAACGGGAUGCCAAACGGCUGUGAUGAUGACCUGCUGCCAUGGUCCCGCUCUGCAGACGACCGGCUGGACACUAAAUAUCCCUACGUGUGCCACGCAGAGCUGAACGCCAUCAUGAACAAGAACAGUGCGGAUGUGAAAGGAUGCAGCAUGUACGUGGCUCUGUUUCCCUGCAACGAGUGUGCCAAGCUCAUCAUCCAGGCAGGUAUAAAGGAAGUGAUUUAUCUCUCUGAUAAGUACCACGACACGCCGGAGAUGGUCGCCUCCAGGAAGCUGCUGAGCAUGGCAGGAAUUCAAUACAGGCAGUUCAAGCCCAAGAGGACUGAGAUUGUCAUUGAUUUUAAUUCCAUUAACCACCCUGGAAUGCUGAGCGGUGCGACCAAGUGAAAAAAUGCAAAGAGCCCACCUUGGGGAGCUGCUGAGCGAGGAGAGGAAGAGGAGGAGGAAGUGGGACGAGAUUGAAAGGGACUUUGAUGCCUCGUUCCUGCAGGUCUUCUUGCCCCCUGCUUUGUCCAAAGAAAAACUCAAGGACACCUUGACUUUGGUGUCUUUGAAAUUUUGAUUAACCGGAUAUUCAAGAUAAUUUGACGCCUCAGUCUUUGUGGCAGAGCGUCUUUAUGUCCUGCUUUUUUUUUUUCUUUAAAACUUGAGAUGAAGGAAACAGGGUGACUGUUGAUUUUUAAUCUUUGGUGUUGUGGAUCAGAUCGUCUCAUGUCUGUCUGCACAGGGGAACACCGGACACCUGUUCUUUCUUUCUCCUUCAAACAACUUUACAGAGUAAUAAAAAGCACCUUGACCUUUUAUCAUUAAUGCUGGAAGUUUCCAGUAAAUCUUUUUAUUUUGUAAAAAUAGAUCCAAAAAGAAAAAACCUGGAUGUUAAAAUUUUAUGAGACUUUUAAUUCGUCCAGCCCUGUUACUAAUUUCACUUUCACUGGACGUCUUUCUUGUUUUACUAUGUUUGGUUUUAUGCCAAGACUAAAACGCCUCAACUAAAGAAUUCCUCCAUAUCCUUCCCUAACUAUCUGAUAAUUUGUACUUCGGUUGCUUCUUGUAUUUUGAAACCUGGGACCUAUUUUUUUUGUUUUUCAUGUGUUUGGGUCUUAUUGACUAAAAAGUACAAAAAAUGUGGAACUGAUUCAAAGUCAUCCCUCGAGUAAAUGCACCCAAUAGGGUCGCCACAAUCACAGAUUUCUAAGCUUUGAUACGAUUUUAACAAAAAGCUAAAAAAAUAUCAAAACCAAUACAACAAAAUGGAUACCAGGGAUGUCUAAUACUGGGUCAUUUCCUGUUUCUCACUAUUAAAAAUUGCAGGCAAAUUCCCGCACAAGGUCUAACUUAAACUAAUACAACAGCAAUGGUUGGAGAUAUGUAGUUUUUAUUUUUUUUUAAACUGUUUUCUACAAUUGAUAAUUCAAAUACAGCGAUUGUAUCAAAGUAAUCGCAUCAAGUCCUCUCAAGGUUGUUGUGUUUGUCUGAGGCAGCAGUAAUUAAGGUUGUCACAUGAAGCUCCGCCGUCAUAACGUCUUUUAUGGUGAGUCCCUAUCUGAGAUCACAUUGCAUUACUGCAUUACAAAAGAUGACAUGUAGAGACACAGCAGGAGCUCCACACACACACACACAGGCUGCUCUCCCCCUCUGGCUCCACUGAUCCUGUCUCACACCUGUAUCGCCUCCUUUACUACCUCCAAUGGCGGCACAGAGGUGGGACCACUUCAUCCUCCAUUACACCUCCUUAACAUUCAUAAUGAAGGAGAAACAUCACAGGGGCGUAAAUAUCCCACCUUGAACAGUCAGUCUGAACUGGACCGGAGAGCAUAAAAACAUCAUCAACAUUUCACGACUGAAUAGUUGUCAGUGUAUUUGUGUAAUUUAGACCGUGUGCAGGGUAUUAACCUGAAAUUCUUGUUCAUUUAAAAACCUGACAUUAUCUGAUAUAUGGCCUGAGGAUGAUUAUUUUAGUUGCCAUGGUAUUGAAACAUAAUGAUAUCAUUUGAUUAGUUGGAAGUUAUAAAUCUGAUAUUGUGACAAUCCUUGCUGUAGUCAUGCAACUAAAACAAUAAAAUAACCUUUUUUGUUGAUGGAA